UGUCAUGACCGAUGAAAAAAUGUCUAAAGAAAAUCAACCAGCUAAUAGCCAAUCUGAAUGCGAAUUAGCUGCCAGAUAUUUAACUGAUAUUUUUAAUUUACCACGAAAUUCUGAUCAAUCUUCUUUUUUAUUUUCUCAAACAAAUAGCUCCGAUGUGGAAUCAAAACUCGUUGACAAUAAUGGUGAUAGUGAAAGAAAAUCCAAUGACGAAAUAGAUCAAAACGAAUUGAAAAACGAAGAUUCAUCACUUAAUAACAAACGCUGCAAAUCACAUUCCGAACAUUUUGCUGAUGAGGAUGAUGAUUAUUAUGAUGGUGAAAAUGAUGAACAACCACCAAAUGAUGAAGAAUCGAAUGAUUCAAAUGGCCGUUAUGAUGAUUCACGAAAUUCAUUGCUAGACCCUAAUGAGGGCGAAAACCGUGAAUAUCGUUGUGAUCAAUGUACAAAAAUAUUUCAUUGGCGUUCAAAUUUGAUUAGACAUCAAGCAUCCCAUGAUCAUAAUCGUCGUUAUUCGUGUGAAGCUUGCCGUAAAUCUUUUACUGAUCAAUCUAAUUUACAAAGACACGUUCGUAGUCAACAUUUAGGUGCUCGAGCUCAUGCAUGUCCUGAAUGUGGUAAAACAUUUGCUACCAGUUCCGGGUUAAAACAACACACUCAUAUACAUUCAUCAGUGAAACCAUUUCGUUGUGAAGUGUGCUCGAAAGCUUACACUCAAUUUUCGAAUCUUUGUCGCCACAAACGAAUGCAUGCUAACUGCCGAUUACAAAUUCGUUGUGAUCGCUGUUCGCAAUCAUUUUCAACUGUAACUGCAUUGACAAAACACAAACGAUUUUGUAACGAUUCUGCUUCCAAUUCCGCUUCAACUCCGAAUUCCAAGACAGCAACCGGUGUUUUAAUUUCUCCAACAACUUCGACGGCAUCAAGAAAUAGCUGUGAAGAUUAUUUUCGAAAAAAAUCUACCCAAGCAAAUCAGCAACAAAAAUCUGGCAUCUCAAACAGUUUGUUGACUACUUCUUCUCUCUUUCCGAACAGUACCGAUUCACCACAACUUACCGAUGAUAACAUUGAUUCAAAUUUGUUGCAAUUAUUUCAGAAUUCGCCAUUAAAUCUACAGAAUCAAACAUUUGCUCUAGCCGCUGCUGCCGCUGCUGCCAAUCCACUUUUUAGCCAUCUACUUAAUCCUUUAUUGUUACAACAAACAUUUCUCAAUGAUCAGGUUGAGAAUAAACUUUCAGACAAACAGGAAUUCAAUGACAAAAACUCCAUUGACGACGCUGAUAUAAACGUUAACAAUAAAUUGGAUAAUAAAAACGACGACGAAACAGAAAGAUCUUCAUCACGUUCUUCUUCAGUUUCAUCACGUUCUGGAGAUUCAAACAAUUUUGAAGAAGAAAUUGUCUCUUUGAAUGGUGAUCCAAAGCAACCAAGUAAAUUGGAAAACAAUCUAAAAUUGAAAUCCUUAGAAGAAUCGAUAAGCGAUAAUCAAGAAUCGAACGAGCUAGAAAGUAACGGUAAUAAGAGAACAAAAGAAAUAAAUUUAGACAAAGAAGAGAAAGAAAUGUCGACAACAUCGUCUGGACGUCCACCAUCAUCACAACAUAAUCAUAGUCAUCGUCAUCAUAAUCGCCGUUCUUCACCAACUAGUCAUCAUCAAGACUUGUCUGCCACUGAAUCAUUUUCAAACAUGUUUCCAUUCGGUUCGACAAACACUAGUGCUGAAUCUGGUGGUAUUACAUCUCCGAAUUUUGAUUUCCGAACAGCCGCUGCAUUGGCACAGUCAAUUCAAUCGAAAUUAUUUCAUCGAAAUGCUACUGGUAAAGAUUCUCCGACUUAUAGUCUUAAUGAUGAACCAGCAAAAACAAAAAAGUCGACCAACUUUUCGAUCAAUUCUUUUCUUGAUCAAACUACCAAUGAAAAUAACGGUAAAAAACACGGAAGAAAUAAUCCAGAUGAAAAACCACUCGAUUUGAGUUCACCAUCUGGUCUUGGACCAACAAUGAAUCCGAUAGCAUUGAAACAUCAUCAUAAAACAGGGUUGGAUUCAUUGUUACAAACGACUAGUGCAUCAUCCAAUAACGCAAUGUUACAACAAGCAAUGGCCGCUGCAAUGGCUGCACAACAUUUCGGUUCUUCAUCAUUACCAUCAUCGUCAUCAUCGGCAAAUGAUCAUCUUAUCCGACAACAACAGCAAGCGUUAACUGCAUUUCUUUACGGUAAUCCUGCUGCUGCGGCUGCUAUGGAUCCUUCAACAGCAGCUGCAGCUGCAAUGUUUCAACAGCAACAGCAACAAGCAAUGAAUGCCCAACAAUUUGAUUGGAAUCAAAUUCUUCUAGAACAUUAUCGAUUUUUGAUGGCAAACACUGCAAAUAAACAGGCCAUAAAUGGUGGUAACGGAAACAAUCAAAAUGAUAAUCCAUUUUUGGCUUCAAUAGCAGCAACUACAAAAUUAUCGUCACCUUAUGGAAUAUCUGGAUCACGUAUUCCAUCAAAUCCAACAUCAGUUGCUCAACAACAAUCAAAUUCAUGGCUCGAAUCUUUUCAAACGAUGAAAAAGUUGAUUCAAGAUCAACAGCAGAGCAAUAAAACGCCUUUAAAGCAUCAACAGCAGCAAUCUCCAUCAUCGAAAACGUCUUCAUCAUAUCAUUCACCCGGAUCGUCUUCAUUUCUUGGUUCAAACCUAUCGGCGUUUCUAGGUGUCAAUCAUACAUCAGCUCCGGUUGUGAAUCAUAAUCAUCCACAUAGUCAGCAUCGAUACUCAAAUGGAUUUCCGGUUCAAUCAUCCGAACAGAGCGGUGCUGCUAUAGCUAAUAACACCUUUGCAUCAACUAUUUCUACUGCUGCUGCCACUCCCAUUUCAUCAUCUUCACCAAAUUCUAUUAAUAAAUCGCCAACGAUGAUGAAAAAUGCGGCCUCAUCUUCAACGAAUACGACAACAACAACAACACCAACAAAAGCGUCAUCAACAUCAGCAGGGAAAUCUUCAAAUAUUCAUCAACAGUCGUCGACAAAACAUCGAUACCUCAACUCUGGUCACCAUCAUCCGCAUUUGCCUACUAAAAUCGUUCCACCGAAUCCAUUGACAUCUCAUCGUUCCGGUAAAGAACGUUAUGCUUGUCGUUACUGUGGCAAAAUGUUUCCACGUUCAGCUAAUCUUACCCGACAUCUUCGAACACAUACUGGUGAACAACCGUACAAAUGUAAAUAUUGUGAACGAUCUUUUUCAAUUUCAUCGAAUCUACAACGACAUGUUCGUAAUAUUCACAACAAAGAGAAACCAUUCAAAUGCCACCUGUGUGAUCGUUGUUUCGGACAGCAAACUAAUCUGGAUCGACAUUUGAAAAAACAUGAAAGCGACCAACAAACAUUGGCAUUAUCAUCACAAACAUCACAGUCAUCUCAUCCACCCACUAUGGUUGAUCCAGAUCGAAUUAAAGAAUUUUUACGAUUGCAACAACAACAGCAACCGAAUCUACCAUUAGAUGAAAGUUAUUUUGGAGAGAUUCGUUCAUUUAUGGGCAAAGUGAUGAACAAUAAUAAUAACAAUAACAAUCAUCUUCGAAAUUCACAUUCUGCUGCAGCUGUUGUUGCCGCUAUAAAUCGUGGUGGUCAAAAUCUGGACGAUGUUCUGGCCAAAGCAGCAGGUAAUCCCACAUUGGAAACAUUGCAAAAAUUAUAUCCGCUUCUACCUAACUUGGCAAAUGCAUGGAAAAUGAAUCCUAAACUGAAUGGCAAUCCAUCGGCAUUAGAUAUGUUGGUGGAUCUUAGUGACAAAAAAAUUUCAGCGGAUAAAAAAUCAAAUGGAUCAUUGGAUGGUAAUAAUAGCGAAGCAACUAUGAUCGAAGAUGAUGAAGAUGAAGAUGUUGAUGAUGAUGUCGAUGAUGAGGAAGAAGAAUGUUCGAUAAACAGUGGAGCGGAAUCAUGUUCCGUUGAUGACGAUGUUAGUGGUGUAGAUAUUGAAUCUGAAUUGGAUGUUGAAACAGCAUCACCUCAGACGACAAUCUCGUCUACGAUUGCAACUAACAAUAAGGGUGGUGAUCAAGAAUCAUUAGUCGAUGAUGAUGAAAAAGAAAUAAAUGUUUCUAAAAAUUCAAGAAAACGUAAACAACAAUAUGAUGAUGAAAGAUAUAUAGAGAAUGAAGAAGAAUUAAUUGUUGAAGAAGAAGGAUUUGAGGAUGAAGAAGGCAAUGAAAAUGAAGAUCUUGAAGACAAAGACCAAUAUUAUGAAUGUGAAGAUGAGAAAGAAAAAGUCAGUAAAAAAUUGCCAUCACAUCGUAAACGUUCACGUAACAUGGAUGAUAGUAAUGAUGAGCUGGAAUCUGAUAGUAAAAUGGAAAAUGAAAAAGAGAAAAAAGAAGAUCCGAUUGAGGUUUGAUUCACCAAAAAAAAAAAAACCACCAAACAAUCCAUCUUUCGAUAUUUAUAAAAUUCGCCAUUGAAAUUAUUUGUAAUUUUUUCGUUUUUAUUCAAAUUUUUAAAAAUUAUUCAAAAA